AUGCACCUUGCGACACUUGAUGACUUCACCUUCAUUCAGAAGCUUGGAAGUGGCGACAUAGGCCCUAUUUAUCUUGUGGAGCUCAAAGGGUCUAAAGGGUGCAUGUUUGCAGCCAAGGUUAUGGACAAAGAGGAGUUGGCAUAUAGGAACAAAGAGAGUAGGGCAGGGAUAGAGAGGGAAAUACUUGAAAUGGUGGACCAUCCAUUUUUGCCCUCACUCUAUACUGUAUUGGAUUGUCCUAGGUGGUCUUGUUUGUUGACCGAUUUUUGUCUCGGUGGCGACCUUCACAUUCUCCGGCAACGACAACCCGGAAAAAGGUUCGACGAAGCUGCUGUCCGGUGA